UUUUUACCUGAUGUCUAUUUUUACCAAUUGGUUUGUUAUGAAAUGUUGAAUUUGAUACACUGUUCACAUUGAUGCCGACAUGUUCACAAUAAUGCCGACAUGAAACAAACCAAACUAUCGACGUACAGGUUAAUAUUAAUCUAUUAUUUUUCAUUUGAAUAGUUUGUAAAGCACGGAAAGAUCAUUUUUAAUAUAAUGUACAGAGGAUUUAUCCUAUUUAGUUUUUACAUAUGAUAUUGUUGAUGCAAUUGUUAAUUUUCAAUGUUCUUUUCUUGUCGUAAUAAUUUCUAAAUUAGCAAUUUAUAUUAAUUUUAAACAUGUUUUGAAUAUGAAGAAACACUUAUUAAGUCUCGUCUGUCUGUAUAAGUAUUGAUAAAUAACGAUUAACUAAUACAGACAAUACUUUUGCUCAGCAGAUGUAUAUGCGUAAAUACCUAAGUUUUCCAAAUUCAAGUUUUUACCUCCAGUUGACAAUAUACAUUUAAAUCCUGCUAUUAUGAGAAACGCUUGGUAGCUCCGUGGACAAUUUUCAGUUAUUUGUCUCUGUGUAUAGAUAAUAUUCUGAAAAAUACCAAUAUAUAUACUUCCUGGUUUUAAAAAUCCUUUGUUGUAAUCAAUUCAUUUGUGAAAAAUUUGCAUCUGCACUGCAUGGGAGAGAAUACUGAAUAGAAUAUUCAAAUGAUUCCCGAUGGAAACAAUUUAAAGACUACUUCAUUAGACCUAACAAAACACACGUCUUCAUUUCACAUCACAAAAAUGAUAGGGCUGGCGGUUUCCUUGCUUCUCCUUCAGGGAUCUUAUGGCUGGAACAACUUGUACGACCCUGAACCGUGCACGUCAGAGAAUACCUCUACAGUAAUAAUCAACGAAGAAGUGUCGUGUAUCAAGGUUGUUGACAUGUCUGAUUUGCCCUAUGUCUGGAUCCGCCCCCAACUUUCAGAUGGACGCCCACUUGUACUCUCUGAUGAAUGUGCCUGCUCAUCUGGUUGUUCCUUUCACUUGAACGACACUCUUCCGACCAAUGGGACAAAGUCAGCCAGAUUUGUUUCGUCAUGCUUUGGAUAUGGGUAUGCGAGUGUUAGGAAAUGUGACGGUUUCUUCGUGUUCUACAUUGACAGCACUGUAUAUACCUGGUGGAUGUUUUACUCUAUCGAUAUAGAAGCAUGUUUUGCUCCUUACAGCAGUUCCUGUCAGAAAACAUCGAACAUAACAGAUAGCGACCUCCACGUGUGUCCUGAAGUAAGAAGUUUCCACGAGGAGACCGAGGAUGGAUUAACCAUGGAGGCAGUCUUUAAGUGUCUAUUCCAACCAGUUCCUGGAAACAUAGAGUAUGAUGUAGACUGGUACAUUGAUGGGACACUGGUGAAUAACGCCAGAUUCUCUAGGGUCAGUUACAGCAACAUAAACGACACCACAUUCCGCCCACGACACUGGACCAACAACUUCACUAUGAGUUUCCAGGUGUCUUGUGCUGUAAAGUCACGUGAUACAAUCUCUGGCAACCAAGGGAAUUUUCAUAAAAGCCAUCCAUACUUUGCCGGCAUUAAGUCAGAUCAUCUUCAGUAUUCAGUUAUUGAGGGGGAGACCAUUCAGAUUGGUCUCCAGGCAACAGUUCCAUUCAGUUGUCCUUCAGUUUUGAGUGACGCAAUGAAAGCCUCUCAUUGUAAUUUCCAAUUCUACAUCUGGACCCCAGGAGAGGGACAGUGUGUGAAUGGACAGACCAGCAACGGAGUUGCCUUUAAGGAUAACCCCUGUGGAAUUUUGUUCGGUUACAAGGACAGAAGGACAUCAAUCAAUGUUACCGGUUAUAUUGACGGAUUGGUCAAUUUUGGAGAGAGAAAAUCAAUCUUAAAAGUGGCCUCUACUCGAAAUCCUAUGGACUCGUCUGGGAUAUGGGAUGAUGUAAAGAUUCCAGACAUUAUUGUUAUUGUGAAAGAUAAAGACAUCCUAGUGUCUGGUAAAUUCUGUGCUUCCUACACAGAUCCACACCAGAGGACGUUUGACGGGAAGCAUUUUCCCAAUCAACGGGCUGGAGAGUUCCUGCUGUACAGACACAAAACCUUACCCUACACGGUGCACGUGUUGUUUUCUGCAUGUGUUUGGGGACGCGCCACGUGUAAUUGUGGCAUCGCCAUCAGGAGUGGCGGAAGUCUCUUUUCCGUCCGCACUUGCGCCGAAGUUUCUACAACUUGGACUAAGACGUUGUCAGUUCCAGAAGAGAAAAAUGACAUAUGUAACGAGGAUGAUAUGCGUAUUCAGAAAUACUGGCGCUAUUAUACGGUAACGUUUCCGAGCGGCACCGUGGUAUCGUUUUCAGUGUCCUGGUGGGGUAGCUGGAUCGGCAGUAUUCGUAUCCGGGCUUCUGUUUCUGACAUCGGAAAUACAGAGGGGUUGUGUGGACUUGUCAAUGAUGACGUCACCGAUGACUUCAUUCCUAAAAAUGGACAAAGUGCGACGGAUAAAAAUAGAUUUGCAGAAUCAUGGAGAAUUCCAAUGAAUUCUUUGGAUGAAAGUCUAUUUGUGAGGAAUCCAAAAAUCCUGAGCGAGUCAUUUUCUACAGACAGUAACACAGACAAUGAGAACUACUGCACGUGUCCCUCUGAUGAGCCUGUGAAUUCUUAUAGUCCGGACUUUGAGACACGUAAUCAGGCCCACUGCAACCAGACGACACCAAGCUCCGUGUGCGGAAGUCAGGUUUCCAUGGUGACAGAUAUAUCAUCGUGUACAACCUCUAAGCAUCGACGAAAACGUUCGGUUAAUUCGGACGAUAUUGGAGACGCCACGACGUUAACAUAUGCUACCGACUUCGAUGAAACAGCCGUUUUCAAUGUGAGUGACUGGAUCAAUGGUUGGAACGCAACAUCGGCCAGGAAGUACUGUGAAGACGCUUUCACCUUUGACCCCGCCGUCGAGACCUGUAAUGAACUUGUCAACAUAUCUGCAGAAUCCUACAUUGCCAGUUGCGUAGAGGAUAUCAAGAUGUCCGGUAACACAACUUGGGUUGAAGAUACAUUGGACACACUUAAAGGGGCGUGUCUUACAGAGGCCCAAAAGCAGGAGGUGUUUUAUACUAACUCAUCCUCUAACUCCUCCGAGGAACUGUCAAUCAUCCAACUGAUCACGGCCCAACUUUGCCCCGCAAACUGUUCGGGAAAUGGACAGUGUAAAGAAGCCAUGUGUUCCUGCAAUGAUGGAUUCAUCGGAAGUGAUUGCUCUGUCCGGGAGUCCAUGCCUCCUACCGAAUUUUCCUUGCCAUCGAGUGGAGUGUGUGACACAAGACAACGGUUAUGUCAACAUACCAAUAUUGCUGGGAAAUUCUACUCCGAAAACGUGUUAGCCAACUUCAGUUAUUUUAAGGUAGGAGAAACGGAAUCUUCUAACCCUUUCUCCGUGAUGCAGAAUGCAACGUUUCGUCAUUUUAACCUGAUAACUGUGACGUUGCCGGAAAUCCCUGUAUCCUCUCGACGUCGACGCCGCUCGGUGAUGGAUGGUGUACACAGUUGGAAUAUCACGCUGAGUUAUGAUGGUAAAACCUUCAGUGGUCACGUGACUCUACUAGUGUAUGACAGUCAGCAAUACUCCUGUGACACACAAACUCUGGUCUGUCAAAAAUUGAUAAGUGAGAGCAAUUCACCGUCCCCCACGUCAGAUGCCGCUGUACAAGUCCCCGUUAUUGCUGGGGUUGUUGUUGGAGUCGUUAUAGUAGUUGUUAUCGGGAUCCUUAUUGUCCUCAUUAAAAAGAAAAGGAUUCCCGAGGGUCGGGCCCAAUCUGUAAUAGGGAUACAGAAAGAUGACGAGAAAACAACCAACGACACAGGGACUGAAUUCGUUGGAGAUAGUGACUCCGGACCGGCCAUUCCAUCAUUACCCCCCAUUCACUAUGUGUACCAAAAAAAACGGAGUGGAACAGAUAUAUCUCUGCAUUUUAACAUUAAAGAUUAAAUUGAUUUUUCAUAUAUUAAAAAGCGUAAAUAAAUAGAUACACCGCUUGUGAACAUUGUUGUCAAACCGGAAUUGAAAAAAACAACAUUUUGAAGGCCUGCCAGCAGGAUUUUUCUGUCUACUCCACUCAAAUAUUGUUGGUAUACCGCAACAGGUUGGGGUCAUAUGACCUCCAACAAAUUGUUUCCUCUUCAUCGAACAACAAGUCAAUCACCAAAUGAGCUUGCGUUUGUACUCAGAAUGUAUAUACCUACAUGUAUAAAUGGGCGAUAAAACUCAAUUAUGCUUCGGAUGUUGACAGCUACAAGUGCAGCAAGAAUUCAUGUCUUGUAUUCAUUAUAUUCAAUGUAUUAAAAUAUUCUUGUCAUGCU